AUGGAAAUCUCCCUUAUAACCUCUAUUCCUAAUAUAACAAAUAAUCAAAAAAUAACUUUAUUAAAAAGUAGCAAAGUUAUAUUCGACAUCUCUGAACCUCUCCCACAAAAGCUUAUUCCAAAACCAGCUUUUGUAAAAGGAAUCAUUAACAAAAGCUUUGAAACUACCUCAUCACUAUCCCAAAACCAAUCUAUAAUCCUCAAAUCUAUCAUUGAAACCUCAGAAAUACUCAAAUCAGAAAUACCCGAAUCUAUCUCGAAGAAUACUCCACUAGUUUCAAUAUCUUUGGAAAAGUCUAAUAAAAAGUAUAAAUAUAUAUAUUACAAAACUAAUCUGAAACGAGCUGGAUAUUGUUUGCAAAUUAUUAUAUAUAAAUGGCUUGACGAUAAUUUGAAUAAAGGAUUUAUCUACAAAUCUUAUUUCAGAUUGGCUGUUUUAUUUCUAUUAGCUGUAAAGCCUGGUGAAGAAAUUUUUAAUACUUUAUAUUAUACAAAAAUCUAUACCAAGUUGAAUAUUAUUAUUACAUUUAAUAAAUUAAGGAUUGUAGAAGAAUAUAAAUGGAAAAUAGCUUUUAUAAUUCGCUUUAGCCUUUUCAAGUCUUUAAUAAUAUCUUUUAGUUUUUGUAAUGCUUUUGUUUUAUUUCAAAAUUAUAUUAAUCAUGUUUUUUUCGAUUUCUUGAAUAGAAAUUAUACUAUAUACCUAAAUAAUAUUUUGAUUUAUUUUAUUAAUACUACAGAUUAUUGA